UUUCGUCAUCCUCAACCUCAAGCAAGCACGUUGGGAUUCUUUUCGCCUUACAGACCGACCCUCUUCGAGCGAGCGCGAUAGAUAUAGAGAAGAAGAAGAAGAAGAAGAAGAAGAAGAAGAAAGGGUUUUGAUUGUGAAUGCUUGUUAUCCAUAUCGUCAAAAAAAAAAAAUCGCCAUACAAAAGUUAAGAUUUUUUGAGUGAGGUGAAAUUUAAGGGGUUGGAAAAAAAUGGGAGGUUCAUCAGAUACGAAGUUCCUGCAAGACUUGCUAUUGUACGCGGCCAGCGCUGCUAUGAGUUGCCUGGUUCUCUUCGUUGGAUUACGACAACUUGACCCAACCCGGGAGGCUUCCAAAAAGGUCCUCGAACACAAGAAAGAGAUUGCCAAGCGUCUUGGUCGACCCCUUGUCCAGACCAACCCUUACGAGGAUGUUAUAGCAGGUGACGUUAUAAAUCCUGAUCACAUCGAUGUGGAGUUUGACUCUAUUGGGGGAUUGGAAACAAUCAAGCAAGCUCUGUUUGAGCUUGUUAUACUGCCUCUGAAAAGACCGGACUUGUUUUCUUAUGGUAAGCUUCUUGGACCUCAAAAGGGCGUCCUGUUGUAUGGUCCUCCAGGAACUGGGAAAACCAUGCUUGCGAAAGCAAUUGCUAAGGAGUCAGGAGCUGUUUUUAUUAAUGUGAGGAUAUCAAACCUGAUGAGCAAGUGGUUUGGUGAUGCCCAAAAGCUUGUGACUGCUGUAUUUACCCUUGCUAAUAAGCUCCAGCCUGCCAUCAUAUUCAUUGAUGAGGUUGACAGUUUUUUGGGUCAACGUCGUACAUCGGAUCAUGAGGCUUUAUUAAACAUGAAAACUGAGUUUAUGGCUCUAUGGGAUGGAUUUACCACAGAUCAUAAUGCUCGAGUUAUGGUCCUUGCAGCUACCAAUCGUCCUUCUGAACUUGAUGAAGCAAUACUUCGACGCCUUCCUCAAGCUUUUGAAAUUGGAAUUCCAGACCAGAGGGAGAGAGCUGCAAUAUUGAAGGUUAUCUUAAGGGGAGAGAGGGUUGACGAAGGCAUAGACUUUGAUUAUAUAGCUAGCUUAUGUGACGGUUAUACUGGGUCAGAUCUGUUUGACCUUUGCAAGAAGGCUGCCUAUCUUCCUAUUCGAGAACUACUAGAUGAAGAGAAGAAGGGAAAACGUUCUUCCGUGCCUAGGCCUUUGUCGCAGUUGGAUUUGGAGAAGGUCCUUGACACUUCCCAGAAGACGAAGGCUGCUGCAAGUGCAUACAGUGGGUUGUCAUCAUCAAGAUGGACACCAAGUGAGUCAGAAUAAGCUUAAGAUUCAUCAAGAGGAUGCUGUAAGCAAGUUGCCAACAACCAUCAAUGAUUGAGACCCUCGGGGGAAAUAAACUGGCAUUGAAAUGUGUUCGGCAUGGUUAUUACUUUUAAGCAUUGUGGGUCAGUAAUAAUCCUUGUGUUUUUGUUGUCUUUCUGGUCCACCCACAUAAGAUGAUGAUUAACUCAAACCCGUAGAAAAAGGUUGAAAGCUCUUCCCAAUCUCAUUCAUUGAUUAUAUAUUUAUAUAUGGUUUAGGACCACAAGUCUGUACUUUAUCUUUUCUCUCGAACAUAUUUAUACAGUGGAAACAGGACCACUAGUGAGGGCUGUACUAUGUGUGGCUUGGUUGAUGCUCCUCCCUCGUGGUUCCAUAAUUACUAAACCACUUUUUUAAUUUAAGGUUAGAGGGUUAAAAAAGUGUAAAAAAGUGAACAUGGAA